GCCCUCUAGCACAACCAGGCACACUAUCAUGGAGGAUCGGUCGUCGCCAUCGACCUUCUCCAACCUCCAGCACCAUCGUCACCGUCCAGCCUUUCCUCUCGCCGUGCACAGCUUUCAAAGUUCCGAAGCAGGAUACCCGACCUCGCAGUCCGCCCAGGAUUCCCUGGAACAGUACGGAAGCAGGGAGGAAGAAUCCGCUGCCUCGUUUCUGACGUCCAACUCCUCCUCGGGGCCGAGAAAAGGGAGCGGCGGUAGCGACCGAGCCUUCCUGACCAUGGGCGCGAACAGCUUAGACGAAGAUACUAGUUUAGGAGGACACUCUAGCGGAGACGGCAGACUGGGUGGCCACUUUGACGACCUUUGGUACGGCAGGAAGGGGAUUUGGGACGACAACGAGGGCGGCGAAAACACAGCGGAUGAUAUUCACAGCAAAGGGAGUUGCUACGGCAAUACGAACGAUGUUUUCUGCACGAUGAACUGCACCUCGGAGGACRGGGAAAGGUGGAGGAUCAGAUCAAACUUUAACAGUUACGUUAGCUGCGAGGCUAAAAGGGAUUACAACAAGGAGGCCAACGCGAACCACUUCGCCAAACAAACGGCGUCCUACGCCAGAGCAGGAAGCUUUAAUGAAAGGGGAGACUCCAUGAUGAGCGACCACUAUUUAGGAGGAGAGGAGGAUUAUGGGUCCAGCUGUGGUUCGGGUGAGGAUCAGCUUCAACCAGCAGAAACUGAGGGUUCGUGGCUCAGCGUCUCUCCUACAGGAGAGGCCGAGGUCAGAGGUCUGACAGCAGGGAGGUGGAAGGGAACCGCCAACGCCCACAGUUUGACCUCAAGCUGUGGACUGCAGAGAUCACCUGUAGGCAUCACCAGCAGGACGUACACUCAGAAACUGGACUCGUUCUCUGACGCGUUCCUGUCCCAGAGGAAGAUAAGACUUCAGGCGAUGCCCGGCGAAAAUUCCCCAGCGCAGAUCUGGGAAAACGGAGGAGAAAGCGGCGGAUGGAUGAAGUCCAGGCAGAGCUGUGCCUUCGAUUCUGACUCCCACYUGCCUCCCUCCUCCUCGUCCUCUUGUUCCCCCGCCUGCCCGUCUCUUCCGUCCUUCCCGUCCCCUCCGGCGUCGUCUCACCUCAUGUCUUCGGUUCUCAGUCCCCCUCCCACGCCUUUACCUCCUCCUUCACAUUCACCCUCCAAAACAGACUCUCCCGGCUCACAGGGGGCCGCCAGACCCUCGGCCACCCAGGGAGGGGAGUCGCUUCAGUUUUUCUCGUCCCGCCUCCACCCGUCUGGAAUGAUCUGGAAGUUCCCCCUGCUGUCUCACUGUUUCCCGCAGCUGUCGGUCGACCUCAGCGACCCCGAAAGCAACAACAGGUCCUACCAAGGCGACGACUCUGGCAGCUCGACAGCUCCUCUCAACGUUCUUCCGGAGUCUUCGUCCUCCCGAGCUCCGUGCUCCUCUUCRUCCCUUCACGGCCCCUUUCAGCUUCCCUUCCGUUCCUCCCACCCCUCCGGCAAACAUCCCGAGGCCACGGAGAAACUUCACAAAGUUGCCCAGAAAGUGAAGAUCGAAGCCGUCGACUCGAACCAGCCACGUCUACAGCAACAAUCCUCCCCAGUCUACACUGGGAAGCCAUUUCCCAGCAUCCUUCACACCAAAAGGACUCACAUCAGGGGUCACUACACUCCUCGACCUCUUCUCAACCCCGUCCGUGGCGGGGUGGGGCUCUACACGUCCCUGUCAUCUCGCCACGACGAGAAAGAGGACGAACAGCGCUGCGUGUUACCAUAUAUCAAUGUGGGUCCAGACUUCCAGRCGGAGCUUCCUCAUUUUUUUGGCGAGUGGUCCAACGCCUGGCUUCGUGAAGAAGCGUCGCCUCGGGAGGAGCUGCUCUGGAAACCGUGGGAUGAGCUGCAGACGGGCGCUCUCGCACAGGACAAGGUGGACAAGCUGUUGUCUGUGUGUAGUUCCAGCUGUCUGCCAGGAGGGGGCAGCAACACAGAGCUGGCYCUGCACUGCCUGCAUCACUGUCAGGGCAACACUGUGGCCACAUUAGAAAUGCUGUUGUUCUCUCAGCCCUCGCCAACAGGAGACUACCACUACUCAGGUUGUGAUUUUUGGACGGACGCUGAAAAGAGUCUCUUCAGUGCAGCUUUUGGGAAACAUGGAAAAGACUUUUCACUCAUAAAGAAAAUGGUGAGGACAAAGAGCGUGUCCCAGUGCRUGGAGUUCUACUACCUGAGCAAAAAGCUGGUGGACAAGCAGAAGAAACAGAAGGAGGACGAGAUCAGAGAGGCAGAGGAGGAGCUGCAAAAAUGUAUKACCCCCACCUCUCAGCCGUUAGAGAGAACGUUUGCUCUGGAGGAGGUGCUUCCUGUUCCCUCCAUGGCCAGCUUCUUCCCCUGUAAGCUGUGUGGAAAAAUGUUCUACAAGAUCAAAUCCCGUAACGCUCACAUGAAGAUCCACCGCCAGCCUCAGGAGGACUGGAGCGACCGGCGGCUGCAGCACCAGCUCCUCACGCAGCGUCUGGCCCUCGGCCGUCCCAACCACCUCAUACCCAGCCCGGGAAGCAGUCUGCUCCCACCCCAGGCUUCAGCUCUGACGUUCCCCUCCUGYGGCCUCGCCUCGACCUCCAACAGCAGCAUCCACAACUCUGUCACCAACAGCGUCGCUAACAACAACGCUGGCAUUCUGGAUCCUAGCGCUGCUGUGACGUACAGCAGYRUCRCKCCUCAGAACUCUCAUUUAAUCACCAUCAGUAAUUCUGACGGUGGAGACCGGAAAGAUCCCACCUCCGUGUUGUCCUUCCACCAGCCUUGGGGCUCUUUUGGACCCUCUCAGGACCUCUCCACCUUCUACUGCCUCUCAGAAGGAAAGGAGGAUGUGGGAGGCGAGGUCGUGGAGGGAAAAGAGGCCAUCAGCUGGCAGUAGUCUUCCUCUUUGAGAAAAGCAUUACGAUCAAAGCCAAGUUUCUGUACAUCAAACUGAGUGCAUUUUAAAUCAGACUUGUUUUGUAUUCAAACUUUUGUACUUUUUUCAAACUUAAAAAAACAAACUAUUUUUUUGAGUCCCUGYUGUAAAAUUUGCCCAUAAAUGUGUAACAUAUUUAAAUAUUUGUCAUACAUUUACAGUUUAAUAAAACUGUUGCCCCCUGUU